AUGACCGUGCACACUGGAUGGGUGGCCAGGUCACCAAUGCAAGUGCGUGGCUAUGCAUUCUUUGAUGACAACAAUGAUGGAACCAAUCAGAACACACCAGCAGAGUACAGAAUCAAGGACAUUGAUGUUGAACUCACCAAUGUUGAUAACAAUGCCGUGGUAGCCACCGGCAAGACUGAUACUAGCAAGCUCAAUGAUGCAUUCAAAUUCACAGAUCUCCCAACGGGCCAGUACUGCAUCAAGAUGACUGAUCCCACUGGAAGAUACAAGCCUGCUCCAAUUGGCACCUCGACCACCAGUCCCAACAACCAACUUGAUGCCGAUGGAAAGUACUGCUUCACAUUGGACUCCACCACUGCAACUGAGUUUGCCAACACCUUGAUGACCAUUCAUUCCGGAUUCGUCCCUGCCCAACUACUAGCCAUUCGCGGUUAUCCAUUCUUUGAUGUCAACAAGAAUGGAAACAAUGAGAAUACAGCAGAGCAGUACAGGAUCAAUGGAAUCAACGUUGAUCUUUUGAAGGAUGGAGAGAUCAUUCGCAGUGGAACAACGGACACUGCCAAGGUCAACGAUGCAUUCCGCUUUGAUAACCUUGCUGGAGGUGACUACUGCAUCAAGAUGAGCGAUCCAUCAGGUGUUUACAUUCCAGGUCCCAAGGGUUCGUCCAACAGCCAGGAUGCCGAUGGACAGUACUGCUUCACUCUAGAUAGUUCUACCGCCACUGAGGCUGGCAACACCUUGAUGACCAUCCACAGUGGAUGGGUUGCCAAGACACCUUUGACUUUGCGUGGCUAUGCAUUCUAUGAUGCCAACAAUAAUGGCACCAAUGAGAACACACCAGAUGAGUUCAGAAUCAAGGACAUUGAUGUCCAGCUAACUUCUGAGGAUAAUGGUGGUGUUGUGAUUCGAUCUGGCAAGACCGUGAUCACCCAGUCCAAUGAUGCAUUCAUAUACCGAAAUCUCCCAUCUGGAAAGUACUGCAUCAAGAUGACCGAUCCCUCCGGUACCUACAAGCCCACCAUCAUUGGCACAUCAACGACCAAUCCGAACAACCCUCUUGAUGCCGAUGGAAUGUACUGCUUCACAUUAGACUCCACCACAGCAACUGAGUUUGCCAACACCUUGAUGAUCAUCCACAGUGGAUGGGUUGCCCUGAAACCAAUUGAUCUUCGUGGCUAUGCAUUCUUUGAUGCCAACAAUGAUGGCUCCAAUCAGAACGAUGCAGCAGAGUUCAGAAUCAAUGGCAUUGAUGUUUCGGUCAUCAAUUCGGACGCUGGUGAUGUCGUGAUUAGAACUGCCAAGACAGAUACCGCAUUGGUCAAUGAUGCAUUCAAAUUCACCAAUCUAGCAGGAAAUGUCAAGUACUGCGUCCAGAUGAAUGAUCCCUCCGGCGUAUAUAAGCCCACCAUCAUUGGUACCUCAGCAACUCUUGCCAACAACCCCCUGGAUGCCACUGGAAAGUACUGCUUCACAUUGGACUCCACAACUGCAACCGAAUCAGGCACCUUGAUGACCAUUCACACUGGAUGGGUCAGGAAAUAA